AUGGCCUGGCAGUUUUUGAAACGUUUAACGCAAUCGGAUAGCAUUUUACAAUCACUUCGACCGUUAGCAUAUAUUUCCCUGAUUGGUUUGGCACCAUUUCGUUUGAGUGUUAGCAAGGAAGUGCGCACUUCUGCUUUUUCUCUUGCUGCUGGCAUUUUACACUUCUUCUUCUAUGUACUUUGUUUUUUUCUAUCGCUACACGAAGGAGACUCCAUCAUUAGCUACUUCUUUCAGACUAGCAUAACGCGUUUGGGCGAUGCAACGCUCUCCUUAAGUGGCAUAAUAGCAAUGGUGAUGAUUUUUAGUUCCAUUUUCUUUAAGCGUAAUUUACUGCUCACAAUCAUACAAAAGUGUUUGGUGGUGGAUGGGAUAUUUCUGCGUUUGGGACUAAAGCUUGAUUAUCGCAAAAUACUGAUGUAUUCAUUUGUUACUUCGUUAGGAUUAUUGCUGUUCAACUUCUUUUACCUAUUGGUCAGUUAUAUGCUAUUGCGCUCGGCAGAGAUAUGGCCAUCAUUUGUAGUUUUUACCACAUUUGCCUUGCCACAUUUAAAUAUCAGCAUUAUGGUCUUCAAAUUUCUAUGCACCACACAUCUGACACGUACGCGUUUUAGAAUGAUGAAUGAGGUGCUACAGGAUAUACUCGACUCUUGUAUUGAGGAGCACGAUGCAGUUAAGCUCUCACCAAAGCACUCAGUAAUACAUCUACAUAGUACCAAUAAUAUGCCUUCACGACAUGCACCAUCGGUUAUUCAAUCCACAGCUACGCCACGCACACGUUACAGCGUCACUUCGCUUGUACGUCGCAAUCCUGAAGGAGCGCUCAAACAAGUCAGCAAUGUGCAUAAUCUACUUUGCGACAUAUGUUGCACAAUCGAGGAUUACUUUAAUUAUCCAAUGCUUGCCAUUAUUGCUAUUUCAUUUCUAUUUAUUCUAUUUGAUGACUUUUACAUAUUAGAAGCGGUCAUUACGCCAAGUCGUGUUGACAAAUUUGAAGCCGAUGAAUUCUUCGCAUUUUUCAUUACGCAAAUGUUGUGGUAUGUGGUGAUAAUCUUGUUAAUUGUUGAGGGUAGCAGCAAAACCAUUAAGGAAAGCAAUAAAACAGCAGCUAUUGUUCAUAAAAUACUAAACAUAUCCGAGGAAUCGGCCGUACAUGAUCGUCUGUUACGUUUGUCGUUGCAAUUGUCACAUAGACGAGUUGUGUUCACAGCUGCCGGACUAUUUAAUUUGGAUCGUACGUUAAUAUUUACAAUUUGUGGCGCUGCAACUUGCUACCUCAUAAUUCUCAUACAAUUUCGCUAUAAUCCGACACACUGGGAUCGUUUAAAUACGUCAUCUGGAACAGCUUUAGCUUCAGGAUAA